ACGAUGGUUUCAUAUUUUUUAAGUACACUAUGUCUUCUCCUAUUUAUCGCUCCAGCACUUUCUGCGAAUUACAUAAGGCUAUUUAAGCAACCGCAGAUUAAAGCUUCCUACGAUUCUUUAGAAUAUGAUCUACCAUACGUGCCUUCUAAGAUAGAGGACAGAACUAGCUUGAUGAAAGAACAGUUGGAGCAGAAAGAUAAAAUAAUUACUUUACUGACGAAGGAACAGAAAGAGGUGAAUGACGCCGAAGUAUUUCUCUCAGCGAUGUUAAGAGUACUUCAUAGUUUGCUGGUGAAAAAGCCUGAAGUUCCCAAAACGCCCAUCACGAAAGACGGUGGCAAAGACGGCAUAGCAUGGUCUUAUUACGACGAUCUUGGAAAAUAAAAAUGGAGUAUUUCCCACCAAAAAUAUACGAAAACAACUGUAUCUAUAAAUUAGCAGCAUUAUAAUUAA